AUGUUAUUCCUUCAAAAAUCCAUCCCACCAGUGUCUUUCAGCCUAAUUGAGAGCAUUUCGCCUGAGGAUUUACAGCCGACUGUUAAGAUCUGUGUUGAUAGUCUCAGUUCGAGUUCCGUUGCCGUGAAGAGGUCGGCGGCAGCGAAGCUGAGACUGCUAGCGAAGAACCGAUCAGAUAAUCGAGCGUUAAUCGGAGAGUCCGGCGCCAUUCCGGCGUUGAUUCCACUUCUCCGGUGUACCGAUCCUUGGACUCAAGAGCACGCCGUUACUGCGCUACUUAAUCUAUCUCUCCUCGACGAUAACAAACCACUGAUUGCCAACACCGAAGCAGUAAAAUCCCUAAUUUAUGUUGUAAAAACCGGGACGGAAGUUUCGAAGCAAAACGCUGCCUGUGCGUUGCUAAGUUUAGCUUUGGUCGACGAAAACAAGGCGUCAAUCGGAGCUUGCGGAGCUAUUCCUCCAUUGGUAUCUCUCCUAAUCAAUGGUUCUAAUCGAGGGAAGAAAGACGCGUUAACCACUCUGUAUAAGCUCUGCUCGAUGAAGGCGAACAAGAAGAGAGCAGUAUCUGCUGGGGUGGUGAAGCCUUUGGUGGAGCUAGUUGCCGGGGAAACGGGUGUCGGAAUGGCAGAGAAAGCGAUGGUGGUGUUGAGUAGCUUGGCGGCGAUAGAGGAAGGGAAGACCGUGAUCGUGGAAGAAGGUGGGAUUACGGCGUUGGUGGAGGUGAUUGAGGAUGGUACAUCGGUGAAAGGGAAAGAAUUCGCGGUGGUGACAUUGUUGCAGGUGUGUGAAGAAGGUGUUUAUAGCGGCAGAAACAGAGGGUUGUUGGUCGGAGAAGGUGCGACCUGAGACUAUCAACACAGAUGAAGAUGGAGAGGGGAAGGGAAAGAAAGAGAAACAGGAGGUGCUUUUCUUCGUUGAGAGAGAGAGA